AUGUAUGAUAGAACUCCCCAGAAAUCACUCGAAGCAUUCAAGGCAUCGGCAUCCCUAGCUCUGGAGAACUUAUCACCCGGUGAGAUGCCGUCUGUGCCAACGUUAAUCCCGACACAGAGGUCUUCGCCAAACAGGUUCAAUCUCACUAGCGCCGGCAACGACAAGGUAAUAAAGAAUGUUGGGGCGAUUGUCGGGGGUGUUCUUGGCGGGGUGAUAUUCUUGGUUGUAAUCGCCACGUUCGUCGUGUUUCUGGUGACGCGGAGGAAGAGCGAUGAAGGGGGGAAUAAUAGAAGGACAGGGACAGGGGGAUAUGUUAUUGGACGGCCAGACAUGGUAAAAAGCAGUAACUAUGGUGUGGUCACCGAUACCGUAUAAAUACCUCUCCUUACCUACCUGAUCACUGCUGCUUUUGUUUCCCUCCCGGCCCUGAAGGGAAGAGAACCAUCGCACAUACUUUUAGGGAUCCAGAGGUAUUGUAAAAUAUUUGUUGAAUAUCUCCUUGGUGGGAGGUCGGGCCGUUGCGUGCAUGCUUGUGUCGGUGGUUAGGGCGAGAAGGGCUGGUUAUGGGGGGGGGGGGCGGUAUUUUAUAGAAACUUAUUGUUAUCAUGGCCUGGAGAGUCACAUACUGAUGUUGGUCGGAAGGAAAUGAGGGACAAUGGCGAAAUUGUGCGGGUUCGUGAGCUUUAGGGUGGGGAUCGUGCCCC